UCGCGCCGCCGCCGCCGCCGCCGCCGCCGCCGCCGCGCCGGCCCCCCACGCCCGCGGCGCCCAGCGCCGCCCCCCGAGCUGGCGCCGCCGCGAUGGCGGAGGACAGCGAGUCGGCGGCCAGCCAGCAGAGCCUGGAGCUGGACGACCAGGACACGUGCGGCAUAGACGGGGACAAUGAGGAGGAGGCCGAGCACAGCCGCGGAAGUCCCUGCGGUGAUUUGGGUGCCAAAAAGAAAAAGAAGAAACAGAAGAGGAAAAAGGAGAAGCCGAGUUCCGGAGGCACCAAGUCCGACUCGGCAUCCGAUUCCCAGGAGAUCAGAAUCCAGCCGCCCUCCAAAAAUCCCGCCGUCCCCCGGCAGAAGCCUCAGGACUCCCCGAGAGCAAUGGGGCUGCUGCCCGCGUGCCCGAGCCCCGCCAGGAACAUCGAUGAGGCGGCCUGGCAUGGAGACCAGUUCUGGCACACGCAGCCGGCUCCCACGCUGAGUGAGCUCAUCGCCUGCCGUGGGACCAUCGAGGCUGACAGGGACAGCGUGCGCCAGGGGCCCUCCUUGCCGCAGGGGCUCACGGACACCCCGGAUCUGGGAGACGCCAACAUGCUCAGGGCGCUGUACAGACUGCUCAGCGGGAAACACGCGGCGGCCGAGGAUUGCCCGAUUCGCUUUGACUGCUCGCCCCAGUUCCUGCUCAGGUGAGCCUGGCCCGCGGGCAGGGUGAGGGGGGCGCCCGUUGGCUGACCCCUCCAGGGGCCCUGUGGGGGUUGCAUGACUUCCAGCAAAAAGCUGGUGGGCUUCAUGGGUGCCCACCUGGCCCACGUUGGCACCUGUGGCAGUGUGAAGAGGGUGGUGGAGAGCAACUUCCUCUGCGCUCGUCAGAAACUGACACGCAGAUGGGUCAUCCCAGUCAGGAUUCGAGAAAUCACCAGAGGAGGGAAGCUGGAAGGGAUCCUUCAGGCCAUCUGUGCCGCUGGAGUGGUUCUCCCGAAGCCCAUGGCCACACUCAGAUGCUGGCACCACUCCCUGAACCCCAGGGAACUGGUGGAAGUGCGAUUUUCCCACGUGAGCAGAAAUACGACUUUGCAGAGAGCGCUGAAGCCUUGCAGGCUUCCAGCUAGCACCAGUGGCAAAUUGACAGACUUCCUGAGCUUCUACAUGCUCCCCUUGAUGACGGUCCUGCGCCACCUGGCCCCCAGGAGCCUCCAGGUGGCCUGUUCCUUCAUCAUCCACACGGAGACGUCCCUGCUGGCCUUCGUGAGCCACACACUCAGCAUUGCCAAGUCGAAAGGAGUUGAUGUGUUCAGCACGCUAGACUUGAUGGAAGAUAAGACUUUCUUGGAGAAACUGAAGUUUGGUAUUGGAGAUGGCAGUUUACAGUAUGACUUGUACAACUGGGGGUGUCCAGGAACUGAGUCGGGAAAGGUCGGACUUGUGUUACAGUAG